UAAAACGCGCGUUUGCUUGGGAUUUCAGACUUCUUUUCGGGAGGAAUUUCAACAGUGGCAAAUCAGAAAGCCCAAAAUCAAGUUGGAGGGCUUUGAGAGGACGACUUUCCUUCACAGCUCAACAGUACAGACAGUCUGAAACCACGAAAAUAACAUACCAACUCAAAUGCCGCGCCUCACUCGCGCUGCGCUCCGCGCACAAAACGAUCCCUCCCUAGAGUCCGCGACCGACGAACUCCCGGAACUGGCGCAACAACAACAAUCGUCAGCCUUUGAGAUAUCUUCAGAGAGUGAGAACGUCUCCACAAUACCAGUCGACGGGGCAGACGAAGAAGAGGUAUCUAGCGGAUCGGCUGACGCGCGUGCUCCUCUUGGAGAGGCUCAUGGCAAUGACAAUACCGUCAAUGCGACGGAGGAAUCGCAUCAUGCUCCGGAUAGAGCGAGCAUAAGCGGCCAAUCGGAUACUAUCGAGACUAACGAUACAUCAAAAGAAAAGCCGGCGCGCGCAAAGAAGAAUAAGAAAGUGAAAAAAUCAAGGAAGAACAAGACAGGUUCCGCCAAGGAGGGAACGGACGGAGAGGCUGCUCAGGACGGUUUGAGUACUAGGGAUAGUCAGGCUUCACAGGAUACGGCGCCUGGCGAAGAAGAGCAGGAGACACAGGAUGCUCAAGCAGCGCUGGAAGUGGAUAAUGAAGAUGAUUCUCAAGUCACGACGCCCACAGUCCCAGAAACAUCGGUUCAGGGUAGUGCACAGACUAAAGAAAUUGUCGAGGAGCAUAAGUCAGAAGAUGGGGCGCAAGAUGACGAGACAAAGUUACAUGGCAAAGUUCCUGAAAAGACCGAUGAAGAUCGUCAAGAUCACGAGGAAACGGAAAUUCAACACACAGGUGGAGAGUCUCAUCUGCAGAACGAUGCAAUAGAGGACAAAGAGCCGGUGAAAAAUGACGUUCCCUUACCGAACAAUGAUUCGCAGAAUGAUUCCAAAGAAAUCAUUGAUAAAUUGGAUCAAAUGAACAUUUCCACAGAAGAUGACCAAACCACUCCUCCAAACGAUAUCCUCCUGAAAGGAGAAUUGCCUCAAGCCAACCACGCAGCAGAGACAACGACCAACCACAUAGUCCCCGAAUCCAAAGGCAAGCAAAGAUCAGAAGUCGUACCCAGCAUCGAAGCAGAAAGCGUCAAAUCGGACACAUUGCUCGAUAAUCCUACGACUCAAAAGGAAAACAACGGCCCCCAGCAAACUCCACAUGUCUUAUCCACUGCAAAUCUAAAGCAAAUCGCACGAUCAUCAACCGCAGGGUCUACUCAAGACAACCUCACCGAAGACGACAGAGGCUCCGUCGCGGCAACUACUGUCUCCUCACUGAGCGUCCCGCAACGACCUGGAUCUAAACCCAGACCUUAUUUUGCGCCCAAACACGCCAUCAGGCAGUCCACAUCUCAACCUCUGUCACAGUUCCACUCCCAGUCACAGUCCCAGGUCCACUCCCGCCGACCAUCAUCCCUAACAACAACAAAACCAAAACCACCCACACGCAUCUCCACUACCGAAUUACCGGGCGACAUCUUUUCCCGCCGCGCCAAACAGGCCCGCGACGAACUCCUACAGCGCGAAGCAGAAGAAGAACGACAACGGCGCGACUUUCGAGCAAAAACAUAUCGUCCUAGUCUUGCGCCUUCGCUCCCCGUGAAAUCUACCGCAACCAGCUCCGCCCGUCACCGACUCUCGCUACUGGAAGCCUCGAAACGCGCGAGCACCGAGGCGGCUACUUGUGCUCGUGAACGGCCGGCGUGGGUAGGCACUGGCGGCAUUUCGUCCUCUUCGUCCUCUACAUAUUCCUCUUCCUCUUCAUAUCACUCGUCGAAUAACCCGUAUAACUCGUAUAAUUCGUCACGUGCGUCUUCGUCUUCGUAUUCGAAUGGUCAUGGUCACGGUCAUGGUCGAAAUGCGGGCGCGGGUCCUGCAAAACAAGGACAAUCCGCAGCGGCGAGAACAAGGGUACUGUCUGAUGAUGCAUCCCAGCGCAAGGAAAGAGAAGAACUCGCGAGAAAAGCCCGCGCAGAAGCGGCGGCGAGAAACCGCCAGGCGAGUAGAGAGUGGGCGGAGAAUCAACAGCGCAGGAAACUUGCGUCUUCGUAGUGCGCUGUGUCAUUUAUCCCCGUUUUGUUAUCCUUCCGAGGCAGCUUACCAGCGUUUUGUCUUGUUUUUGGCUUGGUUUUGUCGUUGGUUUGGUUUUAUCUUUGUUUUUACUUUUGCCUUUGGUUGAUCUCUUGCGUUGGGUUCGUCUUAAGGUGUAUGUUUAGGUCCCGGUUCUUGAUAUGUAAAAAUACCCAAAUACUAUUAUUCUCGAUCAUACAAA